CCCGUCGCCGUACCAUCCGUAUGCCGUUAACCCCUGUGAUCGCACACACACACACUGUAUCGCUGAGGGCCACGUUCCGGGCAAUACCCAAUAUAACAGCACCUAACAGCCGCCGGAAAUCUUUUUGACAAAACGAUUAUUUCAAAAAAAAUCAUACUUAAACGGUUCGUCGUUUGUUUCUUAUCCUCGGGUGUGCAGAUUCGAAAAUCGCAAAGUGCGCGCGCGUGCCAACCCGCCGCCGACGGAGACACAUAUGAUCGUUACAAUAAUAUUAUAAUAUUAUUACAUUUAUUAUUUUGGCUAAUUAUUAUUAUUGAGAAGAAAAAAACGCCACCGAUGCCGCACCAGCAACGGGCCAACGAUAAUAAUUAUCACAACUAAACGGGCAAGCUGUGACCGGUAAAGUGACCGUUCUCAAGACGAUAUUACCACCCCAAGGAGCUCACCCCCCGACGACAGGCUGCAGCGACGACCGCAAAAUAAUUGACAUGACUUUCAGGUGCGUGCCGGCAUUCCAGCCGCUGUCGUCCGGCACAGACUGCGCAGCACCGUGGGAUCGGCUUACCGGACAUGGUGCAGUUGCGUCCAUUGGCGGUGGUGGUGGCGGAGGUAGUGGCGGGGGUAGCGGGGGAGGCGGAGGCGGUGGAGGCGGCGGCGGCGGAGGCUCGUCGCCGUUCAGCCCUCACCACCAUCACCACCAUCACCAUCACCGGAACACGACGCCCACCAACUCGGGUUCCAACAUGGGCCACCACCAGGACUUCCAGCCGCCCUAUUUUCCCCCGCCCUUCCCGCCGUCGCACCACCACCAUCAGCCGUCCGCGGGCAACGCGACGUCCCCGUCCGCCAUGGACUACAUCAACGACCCGUACUCGCAGACCCUCAACAGCCUGCACCAAAGCGCCCAAGCCGCGGCGGCCGCUCACCACUACAAUCAGCUGACCGUGGCCGCCGUGUCCGUCGGACAGCGGCACGACGCCUUGAGGCGGUCCGAAUCCGACUCCAUACACGUCGGCAACAUGCACCCUUCGUUCCCGUACGAGAGCGGCCGGUCACGGGGUGGCGAAUACGGUUCGGGAGUCGGCGGAGUCCGCGGUCGAGGGGACGUCCUGGUCCAGACGCAUCCCGGCCUGGAAGACUCGUUGGUCUUGCACAACGCCCUGUCUAGCGUGGUCGAAGAAGCUCAGGAACACAACGUAGACGAUAGCAGUUCGUUCAUGAACGACUUGCCGUUGUUGAAACGUAUGUCCACCACCCCUUCGGACGUGUUUUGCAGCGUACCCGGCCGCCUGUCGUUGCUCAGCUCCACAUCUAAGUACAAAGUGACCGUCGGCGAAGUUCAGCGCAGACUGUCGCCGCCCGAAUGCCUAAACGCUUCCCUGUUGGGCGGCGUUCUCAGGAGGGCGAAAUCCAAAAACGGCGGAAGGCUGUUGCGCGAAAAGCUCGAGAAAAUCGGUCUUAACCUGCCGGCCGGCCGAAGAAAGGCCGCCAACGUAACGCUGCUGACGUCUCUCGUCGAAGGCGAAGCGAUACACUUGGCUCGCGACUUUGGAUAUGUGUGCGAAACCGAAUUCCCAGCAAGACAAGUGGCCGAAUACCUAAGUAGACCGCACACCAGCGACCCGACAGAGUCGUACCGGAGAAAAGAGCUGAUACACGCCACAAAACAAGUAACCAAAGAGCUGAUGGACCUGUUAAACCAAGACCGUUCGCCGCUAUGCAACACCAGGCCCCAGCACAUCCUCGACCCGAUCAUACAGCGCCCUUUGACGCAUUUCUCGCUCAUAUCGCACGGGUUCGGCAGCCCGGCCAUCGUGGCCGCACUCACCGCCAUACAGAAUUUCCUGUCGGAGUCGCUGAAACAUCUGGACAAAGUGUACCCGUCGGGCAACAGUCUGUCGUCGCAGAGCAACCUUCAGGACCAGAAGCCCAAAGAUCUGGUAGGGCUGGAGCUCAAGAAAUGAGCCUGGUCCAGGCGGGCCCAUGAACCUGCCGCCGGCCAAGACCACGACUCCCGUCGUCCGUCGCCGUACGCCUGUCAGUGAUCGACACCGUGUGUGUGUGUUUCGAAGCAAACAAGUUUAUUAUCAAUGCAUUUUUUUGUACACAAGUUAUAAAUAAGUAGAAAAUCAAAAACGGACGGAUAGUACUUACUUCGAAAACCGAUCACAAUAUAGGUAAAAAAAAAAAAUAAAAUAAUAAACGUUGUAAUUAAUAUAUAUAUAUAUAUAUAUAUAUUAUAUGUAUAAUUUAUUGUGUGUACACUAUGAAAAUAGUAAUCUUUAUUAUUAUUAUUUUUUUUUUUAAUUUUAUUACAUUUGUAAAUAAUAUACCAAAUUUUAUUAUAUUUUUUUUUUUGACAAUCCAAAUUAGAAACUUAAAAUUUUUUUAUUUUUUUGUACAUUAUUAUUCUUGUAUACGUAAACAAAAAUCAUGGAACAAUAAAAAAUGAUUUCCCGCCUUUAUGUGCCAUUUCUAUUUUCUAGUACACGGUAUAACGCCCCUUAAAAUGUAUAAUGUUAUACCACUAUGCCAUAUUUAAGAUUAUUUUAACGCUACAAAUUAAAAAUGUAAUAUUAAAAAUAAUAUCUAUGUAAAACUUAGUGACGUUAAAAAUUCUGAUUUUCACAAAAAUCAAAAACCGAUUUACCUACAAUAAUAUAUAUUAUGUCAAGUUGGAAAAUUGGCUUUAAGAUGAUUUACCCACACAAUUUUGACAAAUCCCUUUAUAUUUUUUAUUUUAAUAAUUACACUUCUAUUUUCAAUUUAACAAUUUUGUGUCCAUAUUUGCAGACUGCGUGUGACUAUAUUAUGUUUUUUUUCCGCCGUUAAAUAAUGCGUUUAAGGUACAUAAUCAAAAAACUAAGUGUAAAAGCGUAUCUAGUUUUGUAGACUUACUAAAUAUAAUAUAAUAUAUUCAAUCGGCUUGCCAUAAUUUAAAACACAUGAUCUUCGUUUUUAUUUAUUAUUAUUAUUAUUAUUAUUAAUUAUUAUUGCUUAAUUAUUUGAUACGUUUGAAGUUUUAUUUUAUUUUAAUUUGUAAAUAAUAAUUUUUACCAGAGCCAAAUUAUAUUAUAUAUAAUUUCUUUAUUGUUUAAAUUUUCUCUUUUAAUAAGUACUUAUUGUGAAAAGAAUUUUAUUUGUAUCUUAUAAAAAAAAAAAAAAUCAUGUGAUAUAUAUGUGUAUUGAUUUGUAUACUCCCCCAAAACAUAUU